UCUUUCCUUUCUUCGACUUUUCCCCUCCAUCUCUUUAUCCAUAACCAGACCUUAGGAGCCCUCUGUUUCCUUUCAUGAAUCGGCCGGAUUGUAAGCGUGGAGACUGCGCGUUUUGAAGGAGAUGGUGAAGAGGCGACUCAGAGAGAAAACUGCAGGAUUUUAGAGAGCCCUAGGAGCAGAAGCAGAAGCAACAGGCAUUUCUUGCUGAGAGAUAUGUAUGAUGAUAUGAUGCUGGAUGGAGUACAGCCAACUAGGGAUACAUUCCAUUCUGUCAUCAGUUAGUGGAAAGGUGCUUUCAUGUUUGUUAUCAUGGACUUUCAUUCUUUCUGGAAUUUUCCGUUUGCUUGAUUUUGUUUUGUUGCAGGUGGAUAAGCAAAAUGCUCAUUUCUUUGGUGUUACGAUCAACGAGCAACAAGCCGAGUGUGGUAUUGUAGUAAGAGUUACUUCAAAUGCACAAAGCAAAUUUAAGUUACUUUAUUUCGAGCAAGAUGUGAAUGGCGGUUAUGGUUUGGCCCUACAGAUGGAUAAUUGAUCCUCCUCUGGAGGUCAAUGUACCAUCAAAAAGCACACCAUGGCCUGAUGCCCCUCCUGAACUCCCUACCAAUGAAAAUGUAGUGUUGGGCAUCCAAGAGCAUGCUGUAAAGCAUCCUACAAAGACCCGUACAUCUAGAUCAAAGAGACGAAGCAAGAGAAAGCAUGACACAAGAACGGUGGACACACAGGUUGCUUCAAAGCAUUCUGAACAAAUUUGAAAAUCUUAGCACGAAGACGGCUAGAGAUGCAUGCUGCUGUGUGAAUUUUAGGCAUCAUUCUUCAGCAUCAUAAAAAAAUUUGAAUUGCAAAGGCUUAUUAGCACAGAGGCAGAUGGCCUAACCUGGUAUAUGUGAAAAUAAUCCUUCACGCUGGGCCAGUUGAUAACAGGCAUUGGAGUUUGAAUUUUCACUUAAUUUUUCACAAAUUUUUUCUUUCUUUUAUAUAUUUUUGUUUGGGAUAUCAGGAUUCUGGUUCAGCAUGAGGUAUGCCAGCAAAGUCUUGCCGUGUCUGCUACCUUGUAGGACUUUGUAUCCAAUAUGUUUCGAAUCUUAUACAUAAUCUUGGAACAUAGGAAUUAUAGAGUUGUGUUCAGCUAGAUUUUCGUAGAAAAAAAGAUACCAAAAUGUAAUAAACAAAAAAGAAAAAAAAAAAAAAAGGAAACUUCCAUAUUUGUGAAAGGAUCCAAUUUCUUCCAUAUUCAGAUUUUGUUUUUAGUUUUUGUACUUGAUUCUCGUGUCAAUAUGAUGU